AUGAAUCCGACCGACCAGCCCAGCAGUGCUCCGUCCAUCGUUGCUACUGCCGCUUUUCAUUUUAAUCUGGCCGUGAGUCACAACACAAACUCCCCUGCAGGGCGUCGGUCGUUGUUACAGCAUAGUGGACGUGCACAAAGCGCUUCGCCUUUGGGCGUUAACGUCGGACCUGUGUUAACUUGCGUGUCUAAGUUAGAGAAGGAGAGGAAGAGAGAGAGAAGUGGAGAUAGAAAGUUCCGGCCGUUGGAGUAGGGACAAGAAUGACCCUUAAAUCAACGACCUGGAACGGUCAGGCAAUAUCUUACAAAUAAAGGCCCAUAAGUCCGGAUCCAGAGUCCCUUUAGAGCGCCCGUCUUACUAAGGCGCAUUAUUGCCACUCAUACGUUACUCUGACUUCUGUGUGAGAACCUGUGGCAGAGGUGUAGGAGGGCUAAGUGAGCCGGUCCUUUUUACGAUGUCGAAUACUCGGCAAUACGGUUAUCCAAAGAUCGUCAAGACAGGCUUGACGCAUUUGCCCUAGAGCAAAUGAUUAAGGCUCGCUUACUGGACAGUCUUUCACAUGAAGUUUAUGUGGGUGUGUACACAGCCUGCGAAGAGAACGCUUAAAAGCAAAUUAAAUUAGCGAUGAGACAGAGUUAUCGGCUGAAUCCUUAGACACUGUUCAUCUUGAGAAUCCAGAAAUACAUAGGUAUUUUGGCAGAUUGUUCGAGUAACUAGGGUCCCAAGCGAAGACUCCCAAGGAAGACUCCCCGAAACUGCCCGAUCCUUUGGAGAAUAAAUUAUGUCAGAAGUGCGUAGCUGUUUAUUUUAAUACACUGCAGUUAACCCAUUUUAUCUGCUUACCCAACCAACUGAGUACUUUUAUUUCGUCGUCCGCAGAUCUGGUAGAUCUAAGGAUUGAAACGCCGACAAUGAGGAUGGGUGACUGCCUACCAAAAAUGAGAAGGCGCUAAAGGAUAAAGAAAUCUAACAAACGGGCACGGUCCCACAAGUAGACGGAUUCUGUACUAGUGUUGAAGUCGACAGAGUCGAUCCCACGUCUUCUCGUCAGCCGUUUUAGCUGAAAGUCUAUGGUAGAUUUCGACUAAUUUUAGACCACUAGUGAGCUGGAUCACUCAUUUUUAUCGAACCAAAUGUUGAAACGAAGAAGUUGUUACUAUGUAUGUCUCAUGUCCACUUUGCUUACUACGACCCCAGCUACGUUCAUCUGUGGGAAGACUCAGAGGAUAGCAUACGUUCUGGGCACAAAACGAGACGGCCUACUGACUUUAAGUUAAUUUAGAUCAUCAGCAUAGACCAAGCAAAUCUAGGGGGUCAUGAAACCUUACCCGUUUAAGGCAGAUCAUGCCGUGCGAUGUGAGAGCAGGAACCACUCGAGCAAUGCUGAAUUGUACGGCGACGGCGAGUUUUAUGGGGGCGGGAACGAGUGCAACAGUUUCAGAGAAUGUUGACCGAUUUGACUGCCAUUUAAAAGUUGUCAUUGUCGCUCAAUAGGGCCAAAAUGCUUUGGUCCGGACGACAGCGGCCCAAUUAAUCGGAAUGAAUGUCCUGAAAUUUUGGUUUAGAGCAGGCACUCACAUCUCCACUAGAACCCAGGGACUCGGAAUACGUGACGACCAUAUUGCUUGCUGCAGUAUCGCACAGUUAAUUACAUGCCUCUUGUUGAAUAUCGUGCUGAAACAGGUGCGUGUAAGUGGUGGAUUCAGGCCGUCUGAACACCACGUAAGGUCCACUUAAAUUGCGUUAGAAGGGCCAUCAUGCUGGACAUAAUGAGGCUGCUCUAGGUCGUGGAAAACGUCUCAAGAAAUUUUAAAGGUCAAACUGAUGUAUACGCUUCUAAGAUAUCCAUGGUAAUCAGUAAGUCUAUGCAAUCCAACAGCACACACAAAAGCCUUAUUGUAAAUAGGUUUGUCCGCCGAUCGUGCGGAUAUGGCUUGAAUGAAAGUGUUUUUUUCAACAUUUAUCGAACUUUGCAGAUCUUCUGUUAAGUUUUAUUAAUGCUCAGUAGUUGUCGUCGCCAAAUAAACUACAAAUUGCUUAUCGGAUUUGCGCACCAAUUGUUAAUUACAAGUGCGAACUCCGUACCACUGUUGGCUUGAGGAAAAAGUUCCCACUCUUAUGCACUCGCUCAAUGAAUGGCUGUUUUCAUUGCCCGUUUAUUGCUUGAUCAGUAGCCUUGCUAAUGGGCGACCGUUCAGAUGAAGGAGUGACGAUCAGGUAAGGCCGAACGCCACCCUAAGGGGUGAGAUAAUUAUGCACAUUCCCACGCCAGGCCGCUGUAGUGGUGGUGUCCAUAAAAUAGCGUUGAAUGGAAGUGCCGUCCCAUAAGUUCUGGUCCGCACUGCUGCUCUAUGUCAAAAACUGUGUAUUCCACCCUGCCGAAUCACAUUUUAAACAACUAUUUUUGGCGCCUAGGGGAACAGCUUACUGACGAUAACGGCGAUCUAUUUCGGACUAGGCUGUGGUCGUUUAUUCUGGUCCUCAUGCGGACCAGAAUAUUGUUUAUUCAACUCCCUUCCGUUGAAUAAUACAAAUGACCAUAAGUAUCACCCGCACGUAACACAACAAAUCCUAUUGGUAGUCCGAGAAGCGUUCCCAAAAUCUGAAACCGACUUUCCAAAUAGACCGAGCUCCAGCCAAAAUCUCCUAUCAACUCUUGAAGUUCUGCGUGUUGAGAAACAUAAUUUUCAGGAUCUUUCCACAUUAAGUUAUUGGUUAUUUUUGCUUCUCCCCGGCGAGUUACUCAGCGAGGACUGCAUUUAAUGUUCUCAGACGAUAUUUGAGGUAUUGAGAAAUCUGCACCGUCUGUGUGGAAAGCAGUGAUCGACUGCACUAAGCUGUCUUAUGUUAGGAGAUCUCGCAAUCGUCUUCGGGAGUGUCUUCUGGUCUGCAAGCUAAAUGGUACCUGCAGACGAGUUGAUAGCCCCAAGUGACUUAUCAACAUGAAAGACAAUCUCCCUACGUCAGCUUAAUUGGGUUCGUAAUCCUGAUCUAUCAAGUAUAGAUUGGGCGUUGCUAUUCGACGACGCCAAGCGAUCGGAAAGCAGCUGCUGAAGUCGGGUAAAACUUGAAUGGAGGAUAUUCCUAACAUCAAGGAGCGGAGGAUUUUUAAUCCACUAUUUCCUAAGCGGUAGCCUGUCUCACUAGACCUGUAUGCUUCCUGCACUUCCAGGAUCUUGAGGAACAAAUCCAACAUCGAUACGACACACUUCCCCCGGAACCCUCGGCCGACCUUGUCACCGGCAGACUGGCUGCUUCCUGCAAGCGUGGACUGGCGUCACUCCAACGCAGUCAUGCCGCCCUCGAAAAGGAUUUGGUAUACCUCAGCGAGCGUGUCACUCAAUUCUCAAGAGUGGCUGACCACCUCUAUCCGGUGUACGCUGGUGAACGGCAGUUGCAACUGCUGACCCGCCGUAACGCCGUUCUCGAGGCAUGGCGGGGCCUGGCCAGCGUGGCUGAUCAGCGCGGACGAUCGCUUCUCGAUUGCUAUAAUUUGCAUCGUUUCAUUGCAACGGCGCGGGAUCUUUUGGAGUGGAUGGAGGAGAAGAAGGAGGAAAUGAGCCACCCCAGCACUCUUAGGUAUGCAACCCUUACUGUAAUUUAUCAGCACGAAAUUACUCAAGUUUCUCUGCGCCUGGUCGACAUCUGA